GAAACGCUAACGUCCCCCAAAACCCAGCAAUCCCUGAGAUAUAGGCCUUGUCGUCGUUGUCCCGCUUUCUCUCACCUCACUAAAUCGGGUACCCAAGCUGUUUUCUCGUUUUCGUUUUCAGAAAACAGGAAGAAACAGUUUGGGAAAAAGUAUUUAUCGGUAGGUAAAAUAUCACAAAACUCCCAUAAAUUUCUGGAUCUGUUCGUUCCAAAAACCUUUUUUUCUCACAAAGAUCUCUUUACAUUUCGGUACCAUCAGGUAUCUAGCGAGUUUAUCAUGAAUUUGCGUUCAGAGGUUUAUUCAAGUGAAAAUGGAGAAUCCAACGACUUAAAUGGAGAUGUUGCUGAACAAACAGGAAGUUUGAAAGGCUCAGUUGAAGUUUGCGGGCCAUCGGCUGCAUCUAUUCAUAAUUUUGGGAGUAAAUUCCAAGACGUUUUCCAAUUGAAGCAAGGAUCUUUUGUUGAUCUUCCUGCUGCAAAGAUUUCAGAAUUGAUGAAACUAAACGGUUUAGAGAACGCCUCUACUCAAUCACUUUUUAGUGUUGUUAACAAGAUUCUGGAUGAAAGCAUCGAGAGAAAGAAUGCGGAUAUACCUCAGCUUGUGGCAUCUUUGUUAAAAUUAGUUUUGCAAGAAGUUGAGCAGCGGGUUUCAAGGCUAGCUGAAGAUAUGAAAAAGCAAAACAGUCUUUACAAGUCUCGUGAAGAGAAGUAUCAGUCAAAAAUAAGAGUCCUUGAGACCCUUGCAAUAGGAACUGCAGAGCACAAUGAGGUUGUUAUGAACCAGCUUCAUCAGAUAAAGAUUGAGAAGACCAAAACUGAGGAGAAGAAAAAGCUUGAGGAGCAAUAUGUAAUUAGACUGAUGAGAGAGAAGGAUCACAGUGAUAGUCAGAUUUCAGCACUUACGCAAGAGAUGGAAUCAGCCAAAAGGGCAUAUGAAAAGCGUUGCUUGCAAUUGGAAACAAAGGCUAAGGAGACUGAAGUUGAUUUAGAGAAGAAGAUCGUGGAACUUGAGUGCAUUCUGAAUGAUUCAAGGAAGAAGGUUGCAGAACUAGAGGCAUUUUCAAAAUCCAAAUCUAUGAGAUGGAAAAGAAAAGAACUUGGCUACAAAAGCUUUUUAGACUUUCAGUUUGGAUCUCUGCAGGACUUAAGGAUGACUUCUGAGUCCGUGAAGCAGCAGGUUCUGAACACGAAAAGGAUCUAUUGUGAAGAGUUUAAUACCUUUGCGUUGAAGCUUAAAGGACUUGUAGAUGCUGCACAGAAUUACCACACUGUCCUUGAGGAAAAUAGGAAAUUGUACAAUGAGGUUCAGGAUUUGAAAGGUAAUAUUAGAGUUUACUGUCGAAUAAGGCCUUUCCUUUCGGGACAAAGCAAAAAGCAGACGAGUAUAGAGUAUAUUGGUGAGAAUGGGGAACUGGUUGUUUCAAAUCCCCUAAAACAAGGAAAAGACAGUCAUCGACUCUUCAAAUUCAAUAAGAUCUUCGGUCCUGCAGCCACUCAAGAGGAGGUAUUUCUGGACACUCGACCACUAAUUCGCUCUGUUCUUGAUGGAUACAAUGUUUGCAUCUUUGCCUAUGGUCAAACUGGUUCUGGAAAAACUUACACUAUGACUGGGCCUAAUAUAUCUUCUGAAGUGGAUUGGGGAGUAAACUACCGAGCUCUGAAUGACCUUUUCCAUCUCUCUCAGAGCAGAAAAAAUUCUAUUGCUUAUGAAGUGGGUGUUCAAAUGGUUGAAAUAUAUAAUGAACAAAUGAUUGUUUCCUUUGACUUGCACACACUUGGGAUUUGGAAUAUUGCUCAACCAAAUGGGUUAGCUGUCCCUGAUGCUAGUAUGCAUCCUGUUCAAUCAACCACAGAUGUCCUUGAAUUGAUGAGUAUUGGACUAAUGAAUAGGGCCGUUGGUGCCACCGCCCUAAAUGAAAGAAGCAGUCGGUCUCACAGUGUCCUCACUGUUCAUGUGCGAGGGACUGACUUGGAGACCAAUGCUGUCCUUCGCGGUAGUCUACAUUUGGUAGAUCUUGCUGGCAGUGAAAGAGUAGAUCGCUCUGAAGCAAAAGGGGAUAGACUGCGGGAAGCACAACAUAUAAACAAGUCUCUUUCCGCUCUGGGAGAUGUUAUAUUUGCUUUGGCGCAAAAGAGUCAUCAUGUGCCAUAUAGAAAUAGCAAACUAACUCAAGUUCUUCAAAGCUCUCUGGGGGGCCAAGCAAAGACUCUUAUGUUUGUACAACUCAAUCCUGAUGUAGAGUCCUACUCUGAAACUGUAAGUACCUUGAAGUUUGCUGAGAGGGUUUCUGGUGUUGAGUUAGGUGCCGCACGAAGCAACAAAGAGGGAAGGGGAGUCAGGGAACUUAUGGACCAGGUGGCAUUUCUGAAAGAGACAAUUUUAAAGAAAGAUGAGGAGAUUGGACGAUUGCGGAUGAAUAAAGCUAAUGUAGUUGGUGAGAGGUGUGGUAUUGGCUCGCCAAGGUAUGGGUCUUCCUCUCCUAGAAGACACUCUAUUGGGGCUCCACGGCAGCGCCGUUCACCGUCAGGAGGCAAAAGUUCAGGACUUAUUGAGAAAGCAACUUCUGAUUUGGACAGCUCAGAGUACAGUGAUAAGCAUUCUGAAGCUGGUUCCCAGCAGUCGGUGGAUGACUUUAGACAUCACAAGGAAUUUUUUCACCAGUCAAGGCUUGUUGUAGCAGAUGGUGAUCAAAAUUUAACUGAAGACAUUGAGUCAAGGCCUGUGGUAGCACUUGGAGGUCAACAUCUUGCGGAAGAUGUUGAGCUCCUGGGACUGGGAGAUGCAGAUUCCGAAGAGAGAUUAAGCGACAUAUCUGAUGGUGUUCUUUCAAUGGGAACAGAAACUGAUGGCUCAAUGAAUAGUAUUGUGGAGUUCACUCUUUUCCCUGAAACUGCAAAGCCACCAGCAGAAAACAUAGAGAAGCCCAAGGUGCCAGCUAAACUUCCGAGACCCCCACAAAAGCAGGCGCAAAUUGGAACUUCUCAGUUGUCACUGACCAAGGGCUCAUCGAAAUUUUCAAGUUCCAAAAAGACCACUGCUGGCAGUUCCUCUGCUAUUAAGCCCACCAAGCGACGACAGUAAACAAGCAAUUUCAGAGGCAACGCAGUUUCGCAACCCUUGUUUGUAAAUUGGACUGACAUUCUUCAUAAAAUAUUCUUGUAUCCUAAGAG